CACGUGGGCAGGUGUUUGCUGGGGGAGAUCCUGUAUGUAGUCUUGUCAUUUGGGGAAACACUUGGCUGACUGAGUGUCCUCCGACUGUCGCCGUGUUGUCACGAUGAGCUUGUACGUCCUUCUCCUGGUGUGGACUCUGGGCGCAGUGGACUGUGAGAGUAAUGACACAGGUGACCCCUGCUCCACGUCCCCGUGUCUCAAUGGCGGCUACUGCUAUAAAGCCCCAUCUUCCUUCCUGGGAUACAACUGCAUCUGUACAUCAGAGUACAGUGGGAGGAACUGCGAUGUUCCUUCCCCCUGUUCGUCGUCGCCAUGUCAAAAUGACGGCACCUGCGGGGACUCCACGGGUGUGAACCCAGGGUACCCGGGGUACCAGUGCACCUGCCUGUCGGGGUACAGAGGAACCAACUGCGAAGUUUAUGACUCCUGCUCGUCGUCCCCGUGUCUGAAUGGCGGCACCUGUGAUGUGACAUCUGUGGGGUACCAGUGUACCUGCCCCUCAGGGUACUGGGGCACAAGCUGCAGUUAUACCAGUGACCUUUCGCCAGACCCUUCGCCAUAUCCAGGACGGCCACCUACGAGCAGCCUUCCUACUCCUCCUCCUACUCGACGAGUACCUAUUACAUAUUGGUGCCGUUUGUGGUGGUGCUGAAGGUGGGCCUCAUCAUCUGCUGCAUCUACUUCAGGAGACGGAGAGCCGUGGUAGUCCGGUCUGUCAGCACUUCGGUCAACACUAACGUUUCCAACCGAACUAUCCCCCCACUUCACAUGGCUGCCCCUCCGUAUCGUCCUCGAGCUGACGUGGAGGGCGCCGCUGGGAUAGCAACGAUAAACCCUGGCUAUGACGUCACCAGCGCCGCACCUCAGCACGUUACUUCCGGGGUGGAGCCUGGCAUGGUCAGCGUCAAUGGACGACAUUGUCCGCCAUCCUACGAGGAGACGGUCCAGCCACCGCCAUGGCACAACGACAAGCAGCGACUGAUUUAGUAGACAGCAACACUGCGCCGUGAGGAUCAACGUCAUCGCUGUCGACACCAACGAUCAGCAGCACAACGUCAGCAGACAUCAACAUUGCACCGCGAGGCAUCGCCAUGUGACGUCAGCAGACAUCAACGUUGUACCGCGAGGCAUCGCCAUGUGACGUCAGCAGACAUCAACGUUGUACUAUGAGGAACAGUCUAACAACAAUAAUACAGAGAGCAAUACAAGUUUCAGCUCUUAAUGACCUUUGCAUAAUAACAGCCUGAUGGGUUGACAAAGGUGAAGGCUGCCCCCUAACCCAGGAAAUAUUUUAUACCUGACUGUUUGUACGCGUGUCCCUCACACUUCUUUAAUGUAGUAAAGAAAAUGUAGAGACCUGAGAAAAAAAAUUGUUCCUUUGUUAAUACAGUUCAAACAAAAA